GGGAGGUGUCCUCCCAGCCCCCAGGCCUGGCAGGGUGGGGCUGGGCUCUGGUGGUGGGGCCCGGAGCGAGAACCGGCAGCGGGAAGCGGCCGCCGCCCGCCGCCCGGGCAGCCGCGCGCGGGGCAAGGCGAGGCCUGGCGAGGCGGGGCGGGGCCGGGUUGGACUGGAAGGGGUGGCCGCUCUGACCCGCCGCAGCCACCGCGCACUGACAGCGCGAUGGGGCUGGAGACCGAGAAGGCCGAUGUGCAGCUCUUUAUGGACGACGACGCCUACAGCCGCCACAGCGGCGUCGACUACGCCGAUCCCGAGAAGUUUAUGGACUCAGGCUACGAUCGGGAUCCCCACCGGCUCAACUCUCAUCUCCAGCUGGGUUUUGAAGAUGUGAUCGCAGAGCCAGAAACUACUCACUCCUUUGACAAAGUGUGGGUCUGCAGUCAUGCCCUCUUUGAAGUCAGCAAAUACGUGCUCUACAAGUUCCUGACCGUGUUCCUGGCCAUUCCCUUGGCCUUUGCUGCGGGAAUUCUCUUCGCCACCCUCAGCUGUCUGCACAUCUGGAUUUUAAUGCCUUUUGUAAAGACAUGCCUCAUGGUCCUGCCUUCAGUACAGACAAUAUGGAAGAGUGUGACAGAUGUUGUCAUUGGCCCAUUGUGUGCAAGCGUGGGGAGAAUCUUCUCUUCUGUCAGCUUGCAAGUGAGCCAUGACUGAAUAAUUAGACCUCAGAUCCAGAGACUGGAUGUUGUACCUUUGUUGCUAUAAGAUUAAAGCACUACUGUUCUGUUAUUUCCACAAAUGUCCUAAUUAAGAAAAUUAUGAUGAGCAUCUUCAUUUACAAAUGUUUCUUGGCAAACCUUUGCAAAUAAUAUUCUCCAGUGAAUAGCCAGGAUUUUGUAUUUAAUUUUCUAACCAGAAUUAUAUAGUAGUCUAACAACACUUAAUUUUAAAGGCAGACAACUUUGCUUUACUACAAAACUCUACCUGUGAGGCUGGAGCAUGGCCUAAGUGGUAGAGCACCUGCCUUAGCAAGAACAAAGACUAGUACAGCAAAAAAGUAAACAUUUUAAACUAAUGAACUGAUAAUGAUCAGGUGAGCAUUCCUUCAAGAAUACUGUAAUGGUUUUGUGCACAACUGCUUAUGACAGAAUGGAAUUUCUUGCUUUCUUUCACUCUGAGAGUAAUACUUCUAAAAUUCCUUGUAUAGAUAUGACAGUACAGAUACCUAGAGACAAAUGAUAUCAAGAUUCUAGAUGCUGAAGUAUCAAAGCACUCAGUGAUGAUAGCAACUCGAAAAUGUAAUAAAAACAAAGAAAUGUGAAGACAGAUGAUGAGAAUAUACUCUUUUAAGAUGUUGUGAGCCUCCAGGCCUAUUUAACAAGAUAUCUCAGUUUAUUGUAUAUUUUGUGUUUAAUAUAAAUGUUUUUCUCAUCAAAAUUGCUUUGAAGCAUUUUUAUUAUAUUUGCAGCUAUGUUGAACUAAUAUAUAGAAUAAUUAAAUGUAACUUCCAUGGCAUAAUUCCACUAUUAAAGGCAAGGUGGCACUGCCUUGUCUAGGGAAAUAUUAACAUAGCAUCUUGUGGAAUGAAACGUAAAAGACUGAAAAUUCUGAAAUGUUUUAUGAUUGAUAUUUAUUGGCUGUGAUAGUAAUAUAAUUCAUAUCUGGCUGGUAUUUUUCUAGGAGAUGCUUUCUGUCUUGCAGUUCAUAAUUGCAUCUAUUUUCUACUUUCCUAGAAGUAUUUCACUUUACUUUCAAAUAAUAUUGGUGCUAUUUAAUAACAUAGUAUAUGGUAAAGGUUAUUCCUGACACUUAAGUACUAUUGUGACCACAAUUAUUCAUGUAGAGGCACUAAAAGGAUAGUUAUCUAUUUUGAGG